AGUCCGACCCGAGAUCAUCUUCCCUUCUCCUCUCUCGGGGGAUUUUUCACAGACAUUCGCAGAAGAGAGAGAGAGAGAGAGAGUGAGAGAGAGGAUGAGCGAGACGAGGCCAGUGCCCAGGAGAGAGAGUCCAUGGGGACUGCCAGAGGGAGACCAUCGUCAACCCAAAGCCCAUCGCUGCAACGAUCGAGCUGAGGACGUCAUUCAAGCUUGUUUUGAAGGAAAUCCAUUCAAGACGGUUCCAGGACCCUUCAAGCUGUUUUGGCAAUGCAUGCGGUCAAACCCGGGGGAGGAGCCAACAGAGCCAUUCCACUACUUGGACUUGGAGCCCCCAAAGAAGGAGGUUAAACUUGAAUGACGCAACCUCUUUUGACAAUGAUCGCCUUUUGUUUCCAAUCUACUUCUCUGUUAUUUCAAUAUCUGCGGAUGAAGGCGGGUAUUUUUAAGUGCAGCCAGCUUGUUUAUUCUAGUGUUUUUUUUUUUUUUCCGUGUGUGUACUUAUCCACACCAGCUAAUAAAAUGAAACCUUAACUUGGUUUUCUUUUCC